AUGUCCAAUACUGUGGAAGAUGAUGCCGGCGUCCAGGGACAAAAAGUGUUGGAUCGCAUCACGUCACUACUCAAUAGUGGUUCCUCAUCAGCAACUGCGGGGGCAUCGACUACGGGUGCGAAAUCGCUAUUGCCAUCAUUGGUGCUGGAAGACAUUUCGCAGAAUCGUACCGUUCACGAAGAAGAAAUCUUACUGAUCAAUGGUAUACCAGUGCGCUUGCCAGCGGAAAACUCCGAGCACAGCUCCAACAGCAACGGAACUGACGACGAUGCAGUUACGAUACGAGACGCGUUGCGUGCAGGCGAGAUUCCGUCUAUCGUAGUAUUAAACCGUAUUAUAGAAAAGCUACAUAAAAGUAACCCUGGACCAGGCAUGAUGGUGGCAGUGGAGACCUCGCUUACUGUGACCAACUGUCGAAAAACAACGGAAAAGUGCGUUGUGCAACCAAUUUCUAGCGGACGUGCUGACGAAGCUAUUGAAGAACCGUGGGAGAUUACAGAAGAGCGCAUUGAGAAACAGCUGUAUAACAGUCGGACGGUCGAAAUGACCGAAAAAUAUCGGGCCGAUGGAAAUGCAUCGAAUCAGAAGUAUUGUUGGGCUAGUGGCAGCGUUGAUUCUGGUCAGUGGACGGAAACUGACGCUCAAGAAAUGAAGCCGACAGUGGAAGCUGUGUUAUCAAAAACUGAAGACCUUUUGCUGCACUAUACGGAGGGAAAUCUAAUAUCGGGCUCAUUAGAUGGUCUGCUUGCUCAUUUCACUCCCACUGUAUCGUACAUUCCGGAUCGAUCAUUCAUUUUCACCUUCCUACUUGCCGCUCGUCAAUUUUUGCGUCCGGACGAAAUUCUUGAGAAGACGCUCAAGGCAACUUUUAAGAAUGGCGGAGCAUCAAAUUUGCCUCACUUGCUGGCUGCUUGGAUGAACGAUUUUCCAUACGAUUUCCGGGAUGAACGUAUGAUGCGUUUAGUGCGUGGCUUUACAGAACAGCAGACGUCCUCUUCGCAGUCUGAAUUUGAUCGGAAAGCGUCAGCUCGUUCGGUGCGGGAACGAAAUACCCUGUCUCGGGCUUUACGUCGGCUAUCGCACAGGUUGGCAAAGUUAGAGAAAUACGAAGUGGAAAAGAGUAAUUUACAGCACUUAAAGUUCGGUUCGGAAGAGUGGAGGACAGCUCCUUCGCUAGUGGAGCUGGCUAGCGGGUCGCCGAUGCUGAUGGCGAAUACAUUGACCGCUAUUGAAGCGGAGCGCUUUUCUUUUAUCGGACUAGAGGAGUUUUUUCCCUCGUCGUAUAGUGGUAACUCGGCGUCUAGCUCUUGUUAUCGUAACACAGGUAGCAAUUUGUUGGCAUAUGUGCAAUGGUAUAAUCGGCUCACCUACAUCGUUGCCACGGAUGUAUUGCGUUCUCCGAGAAAACGACAUCGCGCUAGGGCGGUCGAGUUUUGGAUCGAAACUGGUCGCGAAUGCUUUAAUCGAGGAAAUUUUAACAGUCUCAUGGCGAUAAUAGCUACGCUCACUGGUGGCCCUAUAGGAAGAUUAAAAAAAACGUGGACAAAGGUAACAUCUGCUUCGUCGUCCUUACUGUCGGGUAUGACUUCAUCGAGCAUGAUCUCUAGUGCAAGUGGCAUUGGCAACAACUCUUCAAUCUGCAGCAGCGCAGCUGGGGGUGGUCGACAGCAGCUUGCUAUUCUAGAGCAUCAAGCCGAUCCUACAAACAACUUUGCCACUUAUCGCGCUACGUUGCAGGCUGCUGCUUGGCGCAGCUGUCCAUCCAACUCCCGUUCCUCAUCAACGUCUUCUUCACAAUCAUCGCAGCACAAUUCAUCAUGUUCAUCCGACGAGGGUCAGGCUUCUACUAACGCAAAGAAGGGGUCUGCUGUGGCAGUUUUGCCGUUCUUUAGCCUAUUGCUUAAGGAUUUGCAUUUUCUAAAUGAAACAAGCGGAAGCUCUAUUCUUCCAAAUGGUCAUAUAAAUUUUGAUAAAUGGCGUCAGCUUGGAGAGCGCUUGUUGGAGGUACGUCGCUGGCAACGACAGAGUAGCUAUCAGCGACGAUGUCGACUCGGACGGCGCCAUAAGUCGAUUUCAACGUCGGAGAUGACAACAUUACGAGAAGCUAUUGAGCGUGGUCCAAUUAUUGGAGAAAAAGAAACGAAUGCCUCUCUGGACACAUCGAAAACGGCUGUCCGGGAUCAAAUCGAUUCCAACAGUGGUGGAGCCAUUGACGAUGGUGAACGUGGAGCAGCUGCAUUGGCCAAAGUUAGCUAUGAACGGGAAACCCCUGAAGGUGCGGUUGAAAAAGCACAUUGGAAAACACUACAACAGUAUCACGCUUAAGUACUAAUUUUUUCUUUUGGUAAGGGAAAAAGAACAGUAUAAAUGGUACCACAUAAGUCAUUACCUAUUUAUUGCUAGUUUUAAUUUAUAUUGUACAGGAUCUGAGUAUUUUAAAAUGGUAAAGUCACUUAAUUAUUGUGAUUUUACAGCGUUUCUUAAGUUGCAGUAUGCCGAGACACGGGCUUUUUGUGAACACUUCAUAAUUUUACAAUAUUUUUGCUAAUUAUAGAACACAAACUUUAUCGCAAUUUCGCUCUCUUAACAUUAAUUCGUAGUCACUUUAUUGCCAACAGCUGCAUUCCGAAUAGUAGAAGAUCGUGAUGCGAAGGAAUAAUCUCAGCCGAUUGCAUUUUUAUACCACUGGUCCAAUAGUUUGAUUUCGUUAGCCCCUUUGUGUAUUUUUAGCUUAGUUAAAUUAUUUCUAACAGUAUGCUGUUAUAUAUCUUUCGGAGCUCAACAUAUGGUUUAAACCCGUAACUGGCAAGGUUAUGAGCGGUUUGUUAUUGCGAAAUGUAUUCAAUUUUAAGUUGUCAUUACAUACCAUCUGCAUUUGCAGGGGUAUAUGCGUUAGAAUAACAUCAACCAUACAAGUACUAAGAUUUCAUCGUAGUAACACUCGCCGGCAAUCUUUUUUACAACUUAUCUAAUGAACAUGUAUUUUGAAUAGUAAUGUGUAGUGUUACAAACCAUACAAAACUGACAAAAACACGAACGACUCAUUCGAUUCAUACUUA